AUAUUAGUGAAUAUUCAACGUAAUCAAUAGAAAAUAAUAACAAUGAAUAAUCCAUAUAAUGAUGAUAACAUUCCUAAUAUAUAAACAAAUCAUAGAAAUUAAUAACAAUGAAUUUUUCAAACUAUGUCAAAUCAAGUUGUCCUAUUUUUGCCUUGUUUACGAUUUUGACAAGUUUUUUUUAUGUGGACAAAGCCUUGAUAAACAUUACUAAUCCAUUGAUUGCUUUCUUGAAUACUCAUUAAUUUGUUUAUGUAUUUGGAAUGAUAUUUGUAUUGGAUAGAAGAUAUUGUUAUAAUCACAUUAAAUAUUUCAUCAAUAAUAUUAAAACCAAAAGAUGAGUGAAAUAGAUUUGUUCAUAUAUAAAAUGUAGUUUUAUUAUAAGUAUAAAAUAAAGGUUAGAGAUUUGAUUUUCAAUUGGUAUCUAUAUUUCAGCAGUAUUUUGUUUACAAAUUAGAUAGUGAUACUUUAUUUAGCACGUAAAGAUAUUACAUACAACAAUGAGUGUCUUUCUACAGAAUAGUUCAUAUUUUAAAGUACUUUUAAAAUAUUCGUAUAGGUGAGAAAAAGUGAUAUGAAAUCUAGAACCGGUGGAUUACUUAACAGGGUGCAUUAAAUCUAUAAUCACCGAAACAUAACCCGUGAUCUACUGAAUUAGAGUACUAAUUCCCAUAAUCAUAAUAUGAUCAUAUGUGCAUUUGUCUGUAAUAUAUAGAAUUUGAUAGGGUCAACAUAUAGUACCACCUUGUAAUAUGCUUUUAACUAUAAGAUCGAAUGUUUCUGUCAACAAAUGAUUUUGUAGUCAGACCAAAUAAUAAUUAUUGUUGAUAAUGAUAUAGUGUUAGUGUUAGUGUCAAUGUUAAUGCUGGACUAUAUAAUUAAUUGGCUUUUGGCCUAAAUUCAUUGUUUCAAAGUGAAAUUAUAAAUGACAAUUAUCUCACUGGAAGUUUUAGAUUUUAAGAGAUUUUAAUUAUAACUGAAUGGCAUAAACUUCAGAUGGAAAAAAAAAACUGAAUGGCAUGUGUAAUUACUAAGAUGAAGUAAGGUUUAUUUAAAAAAAACAAUAUUUUAGUUUCAAUAAUAAUAUAGAUAAUUCAAUAGUAAAAAAAAAAAUGAUUCAGUCUAAUGUCCAACGUAAAACUCGGUCAAAAGAAUGAAGAGACACAAGAUGAUCAAACUCAGAUCCUUAAGACCGUUUCGUUGGUUAUCGAAUGUAUAAAUACACACAACAUACCUUCCACUCUCUUUACUCCUUACGUUUCUCUCUGAGAGUAUAACCUAAAAACGGAAAAAAAUCACACAACCCACGCGAAUCUCUUUCCGCAACGCCUAAAAAAACCCCUAGAGAUCAUCCACCUAUGGCGGCGGCUGUUGCAUCAGGAAUUGCCCCGACGACGGCUAUGGUUGAUCAAGUCCCUAACCAACCAUCGGUCACGGUUGCGUCUCCUCAAUCCACAACUCCAUUCACUCAGGUAGCCGCUGUGGCUGCAGCGGCUGCAGCCGCCGAGGCGUUACAAGCGCACCCUAACUCGUCGCUCUACGUGGGAGAUUUAGACCAAAGUGUCAAUGAGGCACAUCUGUUGGAUCUGUUCAACCAAGUUGCUCCUGUUCAGACAGUUAGGGUUUGUCGUGAUCUCACUCGCCGUUCUCUUGGUUACGCUUACGUCAACUUCGCUAAUCCCGAUGAUGCGAUGCGAGCGAUGGAUAGUCUGAACUACACUCCCAUCAAAGACAGGCCCAUAAGGAUCAUGCGUUCGAACCGUGACCCGAGCACGAGACUUAGCGGUAAAGGCAAUGUUUUCAUCAAGAACCUCGACGUAUCGAUUGAUAACAAAGCUUUGUACGAUACGUUCUCCAUCUUCGGGACUAUACUCUCUUGCAAGGUGGCAAUGGAUGUUACGGGAAGGUCCAAAGGUUACGGCUUUGUUCAGUUUGAGAAGGAGGAGACCGCUGAGGCUGCUAUCGACAAGCUUAACGGAAUGCUGCUUAAUGACAAGCAAGUGUUCGUGGGACACUUUGUUAGGCGUCAGGACAGGGCUCGGUCCGAGAGCGGGACGGUCCCUAGGUUUACUAACGUGUAUGUGAAGAAUCUUCCUAAGGAGAUUGGUGAUGAUGAGCUGAAGAAGACGUUUGGGAAGUACGGUGACAUUUCGAGCGCGGUUGUGAUGAAGGAUCAGAGUGGGAGCUCGAGGUGUUUUGGGUUUGUGAACUUCGAGAGCCCCGAGGCGGCUGCGGUGGCGGUUGAGAAGAUGAAUGGGAUUAGUCUUGGGGAGGAUGUGCUGUACGUUGGGAGGGCGCAGAAGAAGUCUGAGAGGGAGGAGGAGCUGAGGAGGAAGUUUGAGCUUGAGAGGAUCAGUAGGUUUGAGAAGUUGCAAGGUUCGAAUUUGUAUUUGAAGAAUCUUGAUGAUAGUGUGAAUGAUGAGAAGCUCAAGGAGAUGUUUUCUGAGUAUGGGAAUGUGACCUCAUGCAAGGUUAUGAUGAACUCAGAAGGUGUGAGCAGAGGGUUUGGUUUCGUUGCUUAUUCAUGUCCUGAAGAAGCUUUAAGAGCUAUGAAUGAAAUGAAUGGGAAGAUGAUAGGAAGGAAACCUCUUUACAUUGCUUUGGCUCAACGCAAGGAAGAGAGGAGGAGCCACCUCCAGACUUUAUUUUCCCAUAUGAGGCCAAAUGGGACAAUGUCGCCAAUGGCAUCACCAAUGCCUGGUUUCCAUCACCACCCACCAGGUGGUGCAAUGGCAGGACCACACCAUCCCAUGUACGUGGGCCAGAACGGUCAAGGUCUGGUGCCAUCGCAGCCUAUGGGGUAUGGUUACCAGCUUCAGUUCAUGCCUGGGGUACGUCCAGGUUCUGGUCCAUCUAACUUCAUGAUGCCUUACCCUCUUCAAAGGCAAAACCAGCCUGGUCCCCGUGUUGGGUUCAGGCGUGGUGCUACUAACAUGCAGCAGCACUUCCAGCAGCAACAGAUGAUGCAGCAAAAUGCAAGUCCGGGUAUGAGAUACAUGGGAGGCCCAGGCAACAGGAGGAAUGGAAUGGAAGGAACUGCUCCACAAGGCAUCAUCCCUUUGCCGUUGGAUGCAUCUGCAAUCUCUCACAAUGCUUCUCAAAACCCACAGAAGCCACCACUCCUCCCCAUUUCUAAGCUCAUGUCUGCCUUGGCUCUGGCUAACCCUGCUAGUCACCCACAGAUGCUUGGGGAGCAGCUUUACCCUCUGGUGGAGAAGCAGGAGCCAGUCCACACGGCCAAAGUUACAGGGAUGUUGCUGGAGAUGGACCAGGCCGAGAUCCUGCACCUUCUCGAGUCUCCUGAAGCACUUAAGGCCAAAGUCUCUGAAGCUCUGGAUGUGCUCAGGCUCUCUGCUAAUCCGCCAGCUGUGUCCUCCGUUGAUGACCAGUUCGCACCCUCGGCAACCGAGUGA